AGAAAAUCCAUUAUGGUGUCCGUCGUUCAGCAGUUUAUUACGGAUGUCCGCAUUUCGGAAUAGAAUCACAAUCUGACAACCGCGUGGCUAGCGGUAAUUAUGAAAAUUCGAUUGAAAGCUCCACGCCGCAUGUGAAGAUUCUGAUGCCACUGUGUCUCGUGCACGAUCGACAGCCGUGAAGGGAUCAGUGCUUCGAGGAUAGAGCGGCCGUGAUCCUCCCGUUUUUCCUCUUCUUCGGCGCGGAAAGAGAAUUUUGAGAGACAAGAGAAGUAGCGAAAAUUGAAAAAUGGAUAUUGACAAGAUGAAAGACGGCAUGGAAGUGAAUGACUCGGAAGUGGCUAACAAAAUCAAGGCGAAGAAACGGGACUCGAUAGCGGAUGUCACCUUAGAUAUAAAGUCUCGUCUCAGUUUGGAGACGACAGAGGCUUGCGGAGAACCGCAUGUCAAUGGGGUAGCUCAAGUGAAUGGUAUCUGCGACUCUCCUCAAAGAACUGCUGCUGAUCUCUCCCCACAAUCUAAAAUAAUGGAAACUAGUCAUUUAAACCAACAUGAACAAGCAGGAACAUUAUCCAUGGAAAGUAAAGACAACGAUAUCCGAUAUGUUAGCUAUACAAGUGAAUUACAAAUGCCUGAUAUUAUGAAAUUAAUACAGAAGGACCUAAGUGAACCAUAUUCUAUUUACACAUAUAGAUAUUUUAUUCAUAAUUGGCCGAAAUUGUGCUUCCUGGCAAUGCAUGGUGAUGAAUGCGUUGGUGCCAUUGUCUGCAAACUAGACAUCCACAGGAAAGUGAUAAAGCGUGGUUAUAUCGCAAUGCUGGCUGUUGACGUGAAAUAUCGGAAACGGAAAAUUGGAUCGAAUCUGGUGAGACAAGCUAUCCAAGCAAUGGUGGAGGAUGACGCUGACGAGGUGGUUCUGGAGACGGAAAUUACUAACAGGCCGGCGCUGCGCUUGUACGAAAAUCUUGGAUUUGUGCGGGAUAAACGAUUAUUUCGAUAUUACUUAAAUGGCGUGGAUGCAUUACGACUGAAAUUAUGGCUCAGGUGAAAUUCAUCCGCGUGCUUAUGUCAAUAGUGUUUCAAUGCGGAAUGAUUAUAAAAUUGCAUUAAUCGAUCAUCUUAUGUGAAAGUUGCUACAUCACGCAUUGAGCGACAAAUUGCUGUAUCCUAACGCUACGUCAAGCGUACGAUUUUGUCAAUGUGAACAGAGUGGCAGGAAUGACGAAAAAAAGAUGAAGAAAAAACAAAGAGGAAAAGAAAUAAAAGCCGACCGAGGACGGCAGAAUUUUAGGAAAAGUAUUUCCGUUCAAAAUUAUAAAGUGAUAUACGGAAAUCUCGAUAAUAU